CCGCUACUUUGUCGCUGCCGUGGCUCUCCGCCUGAGUGCCCGCGGUGAAUUGGUCCAGCAUCCCCGCGCAGGCGAUGGGGCGAAUGUAGGUGUAGCAAAACAAAAUCAUCAUUGGAAAAUAUGUAAUCGUGGAAUAACUUUCCGGCGUUGGCACAUCACUGCGAUGAGGGAAGGGAAACAUGGCAGACUGGCUUUUGCGUUGCGCCGCUGUGGAGCACGGAGCGUCACACUGAGAGAAAUAAUGCGGAAUCUUCCCCCCUGUAGGUGUUAACGCAAAAGAAAAAAUACAAGAUGAAGAAGCAGUUCAAUCGGAUGCGACAGCUCGCCAACCAAACGGUGGGAAGGGCUGAAAAGACAGAAGUGCUGAGUGAAGAUCUUCUGCAGGUGGAGAAGCGCUUGGAUCUGGUUAAGCAGGUGACACACAGCACACACAAGAAGCUGACUGCCUGCCUGCAGGGUCAGCAGGGGACCGACAUGGAGAAGCGAUCCGUCAAGUCGCCUUCUAAAAAACUACCACUCACGAUCCUGGCACAAUGUAUGUUGGAGGGGGCUACAGUGCUGGGAGAUGACUCUCUCCUAGGGAAGAUGCUUAUGCUGUGUGGGGAGACAGAGGAGAAGUUGGCCCAAGAGCUCAUCCAGUUUGAGUUCCAGAUAGAGAGAGAUGUGGUGGAACCUCUCUAUGUGCUUGCUGAGGUCGACAUUCCCAACAUCCAGAAACAGAGGAAGCACUUAGCGAAACUAGUCUUGGACAUGGACUCCGCUCGAACAAGAUUUCAGCAGUCAUCCAAGUCAUCUAGUCACCCGAGCAAUCUGCAGCCAGGUGCCAAAUCAGAGUCCCUGAGAGAGGAGAUGGAGGAAGCAGCCAACCGCAUGGAGAUUUGUCGGGAUCAAUUAUCCGCAGACAUGUACAAUUUUGUGGCCAAAGAAAUAGACUAUGCAAAUUACUUUCAGACACUGAUCGAAACGCAGGCAGAAUAUCACAGGAAAUCAUUAGAGAUUCUGCACAGUGUUCUGCCCCAAAUUAAAGCUCAGCAAGAGGCGUGGGUGGAGAAGCCGUCAUUUGGCAAAUCUCUGGAGGAACACCUGAAUAUUAGCGGGAGAGAGAUCGCCUUCCCCAUCGAGGCCUGUGUCACCAUGUUGUUAGAGUGCGGCAUGCAAGAAGAGGGCCUCUUCAGAGUCGCCCCGUCUGCAUCCAAGCUCAAGAAGCUCAAAGCCUCCCUGGACUGUGGUGUUCUGGACGUGCAGGAGUACUCCUCGGACCCACACGCCAUCGCAGGCGCUCUCAAGUCGUACCUCCGCGAACUCCCGGAGCCGCUGAUGACCACUGAACUCUACGAGGAGUGGAUUCAGGCCUCCAACAUUCAGGACAUGGACAAGCGGCUACAAGCGUUAAUGGCAGUGUGUGAGAAACUCCCCACGGACAACUUGAACAAUUUCAGAUACCUUGUCAAAUUCUUAGCCAAGUUGAGCGAGUAUCAGGACGCAAACAAGAUGACUCCAGGCAACAUGGCCAUCGUCCUCGGCCCCAAUCUGCUCUGGACACACACAGAACCCAACAUGACGGAGAUGAUGACCACGGUGUCCCUGCAGAUUGUUGGUAUAAUUGAGCCCAUUAUCCAGCACGCUGACUGGUUCUUCCCUGGAGAUAUUGAGUUCAACUUGACAGGCAGCUACGGGAGCCCAGUUCACACCAACCACAAUUCCAACUACAGCUCCAUGCCCUCGCCCGACAUGGACCAAUCGGAACGCAGGCAGCAGCACGACCAGAGCCGACGCCCACUGAGCGUUGCCACGGACAACAUGAUGCUGGAGUUCUACAAGAAGGACGGCAUUAGGAAAAUACAAAGUAUGGGCGUCCGGGUCAUGGAUACUUCCUGGGUUUCUCGCAAGGGCUCGUCGACGCUGGCGCGGAAGACCUCGUCCACGCCCCCCGGCCUGCAGGGCCCCGGCUCGCCCGGCGACGCGCUGAUCCCAGAGCAGCCCGGGGAGCUGGUCACCUCGCCGUCUGUGACGCCGCCGCCCGGAGACCGCUUUGGCUCAGACAACGUGUCGCCAAAUCGGCCGGACACCUCCCAUGCCCACCCACCCCCAGGGGAGGACCGCCCGCCCCCCCCUUACCCCACCUCCCUGUGCCACUCUCUCCCCCAUCACUUCUACCCCAAGCCCCCGCCCUGCGCCCGCCCCGUGGCACCAGGUCCAGAGUCCCAGCCCCCUGCCUCACCCCCGCCCCCACUGCGCUGGUCUGGCUUCACUCCCCCCGCUCCGCCCCCUUCCUCCUCCUCUUCCUCCUCCUCCUCGUCGCUUGACAUCAAUUCGAACCCCAAACCCAGCUGUCUGCACUUCCCCAAGCACAGUCCACCUGGUGACAUGUCGCAUGCCCCCCCGCCAGACACUAAUGCUUCACCACUCUACAUCAGAACUCCCCUGGUACUAACCCGCCAUGACCAGUCCCUUGGCAACCCCCCUAGCCUCCCUUCAUCUGCGCCCCCUCCCCCGCCGUGGGCUGCCUGUCCAUGUGCCCGAGAGAGAGGACCCCCCAGGCUGACUAGUUCACUGAAGAGUAAAGAGCUCUCCCCUGUCAUUGGACACAAAGGCAUCCAGGUGGCCGGUCCGACCGUCCCCCCCAGCAGCAGCCCCCAGAGCAGCAGCCAGUCCCCGCACUCCACAGAGCACAGUCCACACACCUUGCGCAAAGGUCAGCGACUGCAUCCCUGUUCCAAGAAGUUGGCCCCAGUGCCUCCCAAGGUCCCUUACAGCCAGUCUGGCGGGAUGUCCGACCAGUCCACAGGUCAGCCGUCACCGGUCAGCCUGUCCCCUACACCUCCUAGCACCCCCUCCCCUUAUGGACUGGCCUGCCCUCCAGGUCAAGUGCCCCCAUCCUCCCCUGGGCAGACCCCAUUGGGGGCGCCUCACUCCAUUUCAUCCCCACCCUCCCUGACCGGAACGCUCACCAAGUCUCGGCCCGCCCCUAAGCCCAGGCAGAGACCCAGCCUGCCCCCUCCUCAGCCGCCCACAGCCCCACUGGGGCCCACUGGCCCAGUCCCAGUUCCCCAACCCCUGGAGCAGGGGCUCCUGGAUGGACUGUCUCCCGGGGAGAGCAUGUCUACAGAUAUCUUCAGUUAUGAAAUCCCCUCCAUCAAUGUCAAUCUGGACAGCCUCAUCGAUGAGUUCAGCGGUGCCCCCUGCAGGAGGUCCCUGCCAGUGACAGACACUCCAGAGGGGGACGCUGUGCCUGAAGAGGAGCCCCAGAGCACCACUCUAUGACCUAUGACUCUGAGGCAUCACAUCCUACCAGCCAUCUGUGGCUGGAAAUGCUCCUACCUUGCGCCACCAAGGCCUAAUGGAAACACCAAUUGGCCUCAUCGGUGCCCCACCUGAAACCAGAACUCUCACCUUCCCUCGCAUCGGCUACAGGCUGCAAAGAAAUUCAUCUCUUACAGUUGCUCGCUAGAACAUAAAUGUGACUACAGAAUAAAAAAACACCAAAAUGCCAUAGUGGAGGAACAGUUGCCUUUAGGAGGAAGACUGGGAUAUAGAUGAGUAUUCAUUUCAUUCUUUGCUUUAUGCAUUUUGUUAUUUGAUGCAGUGGUCUGUAUUUCCGUGCAUUCUUCUGUUUCGUUUCGCCUUAUUAUUACAUGCAAUCAAAUUGCAAUAUGAUGUGCACCACUUAAGGACUGAAUAACUUUAAGUUAAGGAAUCUCAGAACCUGGUUUGGUCAGGAGCAAAGCCCAUCCUCAGGUUGAAACACAGACAGAGUGACAUAGGGGUCAGGUUGUAUCGCUCACAGGGUAUUAGAGCUUUGUGCACAUUAGGAAAUGGAGGUUUCGCAUCCAAGAUGAAACAUUUAACCCAGUCAGACUUUUCUUUCUCCUCAGCCACAUCUAACAUCUGUAGGUCUUUAGCUGAUAUUUACCUCUAUACAGGUAAACACACUUUAGCUCACUUUAUACCAGCACAGUAUGAGAAGAAUGUUAUUGUAAAUGACGGCCUUCCAAUUUGCAUCUGUGAUUCAGUUAUAAGGACAGCACCCAUGAUGCGUUUGCAUGACAAGCCAAUAUGAUCGACUUGCUUCAGACCAAGAACAGUGGAAUGGUAGAGUGUGUGUUUGUGUGUGUGCGUGCAUGCGUGCGUGCAUUCAUUCUUGUUCUUAGGGGCUUAAUUAAUAGCGCCUGAGUGUUAAUGGUCGCGCUUGGAUGACUACACUGCCUUCAGUUCAUAUGAUUCUCUCUCUUAACUUAGUUUCAAGAGCUUCAGGUUCCGUGACCUUUGACCCCGAGUGUAAAUACAAAAACUGUACAUGAAUUGAUGUAUAUAUAAAUACAAGAGGAAAAGUAUAUGUAAAAUGCAUAUCUUGAACAUAUAAUAAUAAUAUAUGUGCUAAUAUUUAUCAUGUGUAGAAACUGUAAUGAUUCAAAAUUCGAUGUUAUUUUUGUCCCUGCACACAGUGAACAGGUUUACUGUAGAUUGAUAAUGUUUCACUUUAACACCAGGUAACAAUAAUGCUGCAGCAGAAAUGCAGAUUAUUACUUCUGCAUAAAUUAAAUGUUUGAAUCAAAUUUUUCUAAAUCUGCCUCCUGAGCUUUGACGUACUAGAGCACACAAAUGCCCUGUUUCUAUUUCCUUUUUAAUUAGCUAUUUAAUAGACUCUUGUGUAAAUAAUUGGACUACUUUGAGCCUGCGUGGAUAAUUUAGUUCAUUUAUAAUAAGAAUAAUUAAAACGGUAUAUUGUUUGACUGAAUUCGAUAUAAAAUUCCUAUUCUUAUUUGGUUUCGUAACCAAAUCGGACACAUCUGUCAUCUGGCUCCAGUCACAAACAUAUUACAGAUGCAUCAACAGAUGCUGCAGUGUCACUUUAUUCAUUUUAUACAUGUCUUAGGACAAUAAUUUUGUCAACGAAAGUGCAAUUACAGUGUUUACUGAUCCAGCUCAGAACAAAAAGUGGUCAAAAAUCACUCUCCCCAACCCCACAAAAAGCCAUUGACUUAACUGCUAAGCAAUUUCUUUUAUUUUGACUUUUUUGAAGUGAGUUUCCUUCUGAUACAAUGAAUUCUAGAUGACCUUCUCUCAAAGUGAUCUAUGGUAUGCCUCGGUGUGUGUUCUCAAUGGACUCUGUUUAUGAAGACCUUGGUGACGUUGAUAAUUAUGUCGAUAGUUGUGGUGAUUAUAUGACAAGUGCCCUCACGCUGGUUGUUAUUUUGGAGCUACACAUUAUUGGUGUGUACUACAGUUUUUUUUUUCUGUGCUGGAUUCAUACAUUUCUAUGAUGAGGUGGGGGGUAUCUCUGAAUGUGACUCACUCAGAUUUCCAACAGUAGGCUGCCUGACAGGGCGAAUGCGAGUUUGCAUAUGGAUGAAGGUUAGUUAGGGCCGGUCGGCUUGUAUUAUUACCAGUGCAGGGCAGUAUUACUGUAAUGCUUUUGUGCAUCAUAAAUGGAACUUACAGCCACAUAGAAGCAUGCAUUCAUAUUCAUAAUAGGUGUGAUUAUUAUGCUGCUGAAAAAAAUUUAAAAAACGUCUGUAACCUCCCCUAAAGCACACACAUCCUCACGAUUAAUCAUGUUUCAUUUCACUCACUAAACACAUUUUCAAGACUUUCUUAUUCUUAGGAGCCACGUUUCGCACCAAAUGGUACAUUCACAUAGUGUGAUUAUUAAGCGAUUUAACUCCUGUAGGCCUAUUGAUCCUACUUUAACUCACCUCACCAGCAAGUGUGUUGGUUUAAAGUUCAGCUUCAUUCGUUUACAUUUCAGGGGGAGAUUUUUAAAUGGGGGAGAGGGGGGGAGGAAAACUUGAAAAACUUUCAUGCAUGCGCUUAGAUAGUCUUUUGAUAAUCCAUGUUUUGUGUCAAUCACUGUCUUUUUAGGGAUUGCCAGAGGGGCGAUGAAUAAAAACACUGAUGGACUCUAGAGAAUGUGGAUCAUGCUAAAUGGUCCUUUGUGGGUUUACGAGCAAUACAAUAGAGGAGUGGAUGUUGCCUGUGGAUGUACUGCCUCCUUCUGCUUUCACGACUAGUGUACAAACAGAACCCCAGCGCUUGUCAAGCCCAUCCUGCCCACCCCUUUCCUCUUCUGCUUAGCAUAUCAAGUGGAACACAGUGUGUACUGUGAAGCCUACCUGCAAUCCUUAUCAGAAUGUCAGAAAUGAAUAAAUAUAUAUAUAUAUAUUAAAAUCUACAUUUUUAAGAAUA